CCACCCACUCCAGAAACGGAUUAUCCAGACCUGUCUCCAGAUGAGCUGGAGUGUUAUCCUGAGGAGGACUAUUCACCUGUGGGCUCCUAUGACCAGAGGGCCUCUCUGUGCCUGUCCCCGAGGCGCCCCGAGGAGCUGGGCUCAUCCCCAGGCUGGUACGGGCACGGCCACCCUGAGGGACUCGUGUUCUACCCCGAGCACUUCGCCCCUGACAGGGUGCCCUCCCGCCAUGAGCGGGCCAGCAGCGGCUCCAGCCAGGAGAGCGGGCUCUCAGCCUGGCACAGCCCCGUGUCACCAGUCCCAGGCAGCAGGGAGGAGAAGUUUAAAAGCCUCGAAAAAGCCGGGGUGCUCAACAGGACCAAGACAGUGGACAGAGGGAAGCGGCUCCGGAAGAACUGGAGCUCCUCCUGGACAGUGCUGGAAGGGGGAAUCCUCACCUUCUUCAAGGACUCCAAGCACUCAGCUGCCAGUGCCUUGAGGCACCCCAGCACCCUGACCACCCCCGAGCACACGGUGAAGCUGCGCGGGGCCACCCUCACCUGGGCCGGCAGGGACAAGUCCAGCAAGAAGAACGUCCUGGAGCUGAGGACGCGGGAGGGCUCGGAAUUCCUCAUCCAGCACGACUCGGAGCAGAUCAUCACUGCCUGGCACAAGGCCAUCGCCGACAGCAUCGGCCGCAGGGGCUCCGACAUCUCCGCCGAGGAUGAGGCCGAAAUUCGGGCUGAGUUCGGCUCCCGGGAGAAGCUGGGGGGUGGCGAGGAGCGGAGGGCAGCGACCGGACAGGCGACGGGCAGUGCCGAGAAUGACACCAACCGGGUCCGGAACAAACUCCGCAAGUUCCUGCAGAGGCGGCCAACGAUGCAGUCGCUGCGGGAGAGGGGCUACAUCAAGGGUGUGCCCUUUGCACACCCAAAGCCACUGAGCCCCCUCUGGGGGUGA